AUGACAAAACGUCUUCCCUUGGAGGUCAAGUUGGCACGCAAGGCCACGCGGGUCGCGUGCGAGUUCUGCCACCACAAGCAUCUGCAAUGCGACGACAAGCGGCCGUGCACAAACUGCACCAAGCGCGGGUUCCAGGACUCUUGUCGCGACUCGGUCCGCAAAAAGAAGAGUGUAUACAAGGACAAGCCCCGGCCGUCUAAUCCGCGCCAAACGUCCGACGUGUCAUUGAGCGGGUCUUCAGGCACCUCUGUUCCCUCCACGGUGCUUCCUACGACCGCUUCGCCCGUCAAGACGUUCGAGCUCUCGCCGUUCGUGUUUGCCCCGGAGUUGCGCAACUUUGAGUCCUCGAUCGCCAACGACGAGUACGUACAGCUCACAGACCUGCUCAACACCAACCCGCCGUCCCCCACCGACGAGUUUGUGGAGAUCGAGGACGACGACGAGGAUUUUCGCCCGUUUGUCGAAAUCAACACGGAAAGUUUGUCAAUGAGGACCUCGUACCCCAACAACGAGACCCCGAACUCGUACGUCUACAACGAGCAUCACUCCCAGAUGCCCAACACCGCAAGCAUGGUCCCUGUCGCGCCCGAGGAGGACGAGUACUACACCGCGCCGAGCCUAGUGCGAAAACAGGUCCAGCACCCAGAUGAUAUUUAUUUGACCCCGGUGAUCAGGGCGUACCGGUAUCCACAGGCGUACCACGCACUGAUCCACUACUUGAAGAAGCGGUUCAGUAAAUAUCAACUGAUUGAGAUUGCAAAAUGCAUGGCCAAAUAUAGACCGUCGUUUAUUUCUGCUACCAAGUCGCUGCACGAAAACGACUUAUUGUUUACAGAACGCUCGUUCCAGCGGUCGUUGCUGGAAUACGAGCAUCUCAUCUCGAUGUCGCCGUCGCCAAUCAUCAUCUGGCGACGUACGGGCGAGAUCGUCGCCUUGACAGACACGUUUGCUGUCAUGACAGGCUACUCGCGCAAAGCGUUGCUAUCGAAAAGAACGUACAUUGUGGAAUUGAUGGACGACGAAAGCACCAUCAAAUAUUUCCGCAGUUUCAGCGAACUGGCUUUCGGUGACCUCAACGCCACGUACUUGACCGACUGCAACCUGCGUAAAGCUGAAGAAAAUAACUACCUCCGGUGCUGCUGUAUCUGGACCAUUAAAAGAGACGUGUUUGACAUCCCGAUGCUGAUCGUGGGACAGUUUCUGCCCGUUCUCGAGAGGCAGUGA